CUGUCCGGCCGCCAACGGCCGCAUCUGUCCCGCCGCCGAUGGCUGCGUCCGUCCCGCCGCCAGCUGCUCAACCUGUUCCGGCCAUCCCUUCCAUGUUUCCUCCCGGCGUCUGGUUACCACCACGCCCGCAGCAGUCCAUAGCGACCUCCUCCCCACCAUGUUGGGUCGCCGGAGUACAUCAACCAGGUAUGGCCGGUUCAUCAGCUCAAGGCCCUUGGUGGAGACCGCCCGCUGAAAGUGGAUGUUCAAUACAACCUACACUUCCAGCCGAGAAUCUUGAGGAGUACGAUCCGCAAGCAUGGGGAUUGAAUUCUCACCCAUCUGGUGGUUUCCUCAGUUUCUUUACGAACACAUCAAGCCACACACAAGGUAUGGGGAAUGGGACUUCAUCGCAGCCGAUCAAUGUUGGCAAUGACACCAAUGGUGACGGUUGUGCAAGGACUGAAAAACGCUUGACAUGGACAAAAGAGGAGGAUCUUAGAUUGUGCUUGAAGGUUGUUGAUGCAAAUGCUUAGCUGCUCCUUUCUACCAAACUUUCCAACUGUGGCUUUGUGCCUUUACCAUCAUCAAGAUCAAACUACUAUCUUAUUUGCUGGAGACCAUAUUUAGUAUUUUGUUAGGCUAAUGCUUUCUUAAAAAGAGUCAUGGAAUGUUGAAUUGUUGAUGUCAAGGUGCGGUGUGUCAUUAGUCUCUUUCUCAUUGUCAUCAAAAUCAAAAUUAAUUUCUAGUCAGUAUGUUACUAUGUAGCAUUUGUUUGGUGCUUGCUUAUUAAUCAGUUUCCCUUUGUAUAUC